UGCGCCGGGGAACGGAGGUAGAAGGAGCGGAAGUAGCGGUUGCCAUGGUAACCGGGCCUGCAGGAGAGAUGUCGGAGAACAGUUAUAGCAUCAGACCCGCUUUUCAACACAGAUUCAAGACAGCCAUUGUGAAAGGGAAGAUCAGUAACGUGCUGAAAGAGGAAUUAUCGAACAAGCUUUAUAACCCAGAGGAAGUCCCUUACAUGACUAGGAAGAUUGCAGAGGCCAUAAAGACUCAAGUAAAAGCAUGCGCAUUUGAGCGAUACAAACUGGUGGUACAGGUCGUUAUUGGAGAGCAGCGAGGUGAAGGAGUGAAAAUGGCUGCACGGUGUUUCUGGGAUGCUGAUACGGAUAACUUUGCACAGGACGUGUAUAUGAAUGACAGCCUGUUCUGCGUUGCUGCUGCCUUUGGCUGUUACUACUAUUAGCAGCCCUCAAGCAUCUAACUGGAGCCAGUGCUGUUAUUAAAUGUCUUCAUGUGAAUAUCUUAAAAGUUUUUGCAUCCGUACGAUAGGUUUUAUAAUAAAGUGCUGCGUAAUGUAAUAGCUCAUGCGAAGAAUAAAGAAAUGUACAGUGAUUUUGUGCAAGUUGUCCCUGGUUAAAAUAAACUCUGCACAACAUAUGUACAGAAAAUGCUGAAAUGUAUGCAGCACGUCUGUCAGUAUCUGAAAAGAACCAAUGGAGGCUAACAAUAUUGAUGUCGACGCCUCUUCAGAACCUCUCAUCCAGUGCCAGUUAUGAUAGAGGCUGCACACACAAACUAUUUGUGCAUGCUUCUGUGCUGCCCUGUCCAGUAAGGGGUCAGCAAGCACACAGGAAAAUCUACCCUUUUUAAAUCUGUGCUUAUGCAAAAAAAAAAAAAUGCCUUGACUUAAACACCUUGCUCGUUUUGGAAUUUAACUGUGAGGAUGUGAUGCUUCAGCUGUACAGACCGCACCUGGGGGACAGUGUCAUCGUGCCUUAGGAAGGGUGCUUUGAUUUUGGAGGAGAUGCAGCAUAGAUUCAUCAGAAUUGUGCAUCGGUUAGAGGACAGGAAUACCAACUUAAAUUUAUGCAGCCAGUCUUCAGAAUUUAACCUUUUUAGCCACCAUAUCUCGAGCAUUGGUUCACAAGUUGGAGCCACAAGGUAUGUAAUAUGUACAUUAAACAACCGAAUAGGUUGUUUUACGUGUGGUUGCUUCAAUGUGGAAUGGAAUCAGCAAGCACUAACCUCAAGCUUUGGGUCACAGAUGGAGGUGGAUGCAUGUUGGAAGUUGGUUUACCCUGUUGAUUAAUUUAGAAAGAAGUCAACAGCAGUCUGAAAGUAAUAGACAAAAGAAUGGCGCGAGGAAACUUGUCGAGAGGGAUCAGAUGACAAAGGUUGGGAACUAUUUAGCAGUCGUAAAAUUUCUUAGUUGUGCGUAGUCACUAUUGUGUGGGAUCAUGGUGUCGCAAUAGAAAUUGGCCCGGAUUUUGUGGUCUUAUUGAUGGUGAAACCGUCAACGUUGACCUUCACUAUGACUCUGAAAUUGACAGCAAGUUCUGGCAUCAGCACAUCUGUAGUUAAAUGGGGGAAUCCAGAAGUUGCUGUUAGUGAUUCCAUGCUCCUCCCCAGACUCUGCUAUGGGAACCCCUGCAGAUGCAAUCUUUAGACAUUGAACUGACAAGAAUCUCCCCAUGUAAUAUUGCUCUUGAAAACUGCAAAAAUGUUAUGGCUUGUUAAAGAGGUGUAACUAUGUUUUUAACAACCCUAACUACUGCUGAUCAGCCUUUCUGACCCUAAUUUCAUAUUUGUGCAAUGUCUGUUUUUUUCCAUUUUUGAUAAAUGCAUUGUUUAUUUUUUUUAAGUUUGUUUAUUUCAGCCUCUAGUAUACAUCCUCAAUCUUUAUUUCACUCCCUGAAAAAUUUAUUAAAAGGAUAAUCGAUUCAUUUAA